AACGGGGGGUAGGGAGCAGCCGGGCGGCCGCCGCCUCCAUCCAUCCAUCCCUUCGUCCGUCCCCUCCUUUUCUGCCCGCCGGUGCCCGCAGCGGAGCGGCACCCACCCCGGCCGCCAUGCCCCGAGCCGCCUCGCCGCCGCUGCUGCUACUGCUGCUGCUCGCCCUGGCCCAGCGCCGCGCCUGCCUCCCCGCGCCUGCCACGGCCGCGCCCCCCGGGUCGGACCCGUGUCUCAGCCGGCCUUGCCGCAACAACGGCACCUGCUUCCCCGCCGCGCCCCGCCGCCUCUCGUCCGCGGCCGCCUACCGCUGCGCCUGCCCGCCGGGGGUCAGCGGCGCCUCCUGCCAGUUCAUUUCAGACCCUUGUGCCAGCAACCCCUGUCACCAUGGUAACUGCAGCAGCAGUGGGGAUGGCUACCUCUGUGCCUGCAGUGAUGGCUAUGAAGGAGCAAACUGCGAGCACUCCCGUCACAGCCCUCCACUCCCCGAGCAGGCAGAGGCAUCAUCUCCUCGACAAAGCAGGCCUGUCACCUCCACGCUGGAGCCUGACGUCAUUCUGCCUCACUCACGAGCAACGGUGACGCUACCUACGUGGCAGCCAAGGGCGGGACAGAAAGUUGUGGACCUGAAAUGGGAUGAAAUCAAGAUACUUCCAGAUGUGGCUUGUGGAAAUGCCAGUUCCAAUACCUCUGCUGGAGGCCGUCUUGUCUCCUUUGAAGUUCCACAGAAUACAUCAAUAAAAAUAAGACAAGAUGCUACUGCUUCGCUUAUCCUACUAUGGAAGGUGACAACUGCUGGAUUUAAGCAGUGUUCGCUCAUUGAUGGCAGAAGUGUCACUCUUCUCCAGGCACUGGGUGGACUUGUACUUUCUGAAGAAAUGCUUGCAUUAGGAAACAACUACUUUAUUGGUUUUUUGAAUGACUCAGUUACUAAGUGCAUUGUGGCUUUACGGUUGACUGUGAUAGUGAAAGUCAGUACCUGCCUGCCUGCGGGAAGCCAUUCAGAUAAAUUCCAGUGUUCAGGGAAAGGAAAAUGUAUCACGAAACCAGAUGAGGCAACGUUUUUCUGUGAGUGCGAGGAUGAAUACUGGGGCCCCCUGUGUGAGGAAUUUGAUGCUUGUCAAAGCCAGCCCUGCCAGAACAACGCAACCUGCACCGACCUAGCACAGAAACACAACGGGAACAAUUUCACCUGCAGCUGCCUGCCUGGUUACACUGGAGAGCUGUGCCAGUCAGAGAUUGAUCACUGCAUCCAGCAGCCAUGCCAAAAUGGAGGCACUUGUUCAUCCAACAUCCAUGGAUUCACCUGUCAGUGCCCAGAAGGGUUUUUAGGAAUCUCCUGUGAAGAAAAAGUAGACCCUUGUGCAUCAAAUCCCUGCCAGAACAAUGGAACUUGUUAUGCAGAUGGACUUGUCUACUCGUGCAGUUGUAGUUCUGGAUUUACAGGACCUACGUGUGCUCAGCUUAUUGACUUCUGUGCUCUGAAUCCUUGUGCACAUGGCAUCUGUCGCAGUGUUGGAACCAGUUACAAAUGCCUCUGUAGUCCCGGUUACCAUGGCCUUUACUGUGAGGAAGAAUACAAUGAAUGCCUUUCUACACCCUGCCAGAAUGGGGCCACCUGCAGAGACCUUGAAAAUGGCUACAAGUGCUUGUGUCUUGCUGAAUAUGAAGGAAGUCUCUGUGAAUUAUACAAAGAUCCUUGUGUUAACAUCAACUGUCAGAAUGGUGGCACUUGUGACAGUGAAGGGCUGAAUGCCACAUGUAUUUGUGCACCUGGAUACGCAGGUGAAGAAUGUGAAAUUGACAUUAACGACUGUGACAGCAACCCAUGUCACCAUGCUGGAACUUGCAUAGAUCAGCCCGGUGGUUACACUUGUCACUGUCCACAUGGGUGGGUUGGUGCAAACUGUGAAAUACAUCUGCAGUGGAAGUCCGGGCACAUGGCAGAGAGCCUCACAAACAUGCCUCGUCACUCCCUUUACAUCAUAAUUGGGGCUCUCUGUGUAGCAUUCGUCCUGAUGCUGAUUAUUCUAAUUGUGGGAAUAUGUCGCAUCAGCCGUAUCGAAUACCAAGGCUCUUCCAGGCCAGCCUACGAAGAGUUUUACAAUUGUAGAAGCAUCGACAGUGAAUUCAGUAAUGCAAUCGCUUCUAUCCGACAUGCCAGGUUUGGCAAGAAAUCCCGACCUGCAAUGUAUGAUGCAACCCCCAUUGCUUAUGAAGAUUACAGCCCUGAUGACAAACCUUUGGUUACGCUGAUUAAGACAAAAGAUUUGUAACCUAGUGAAUCUUUUUUGGAUUAUUUUUCAAAAGGAUGGGCUACUAACCUAAUUUAAAUAUUUUUAAGAAGAAAGCAUAAGUAAUUUAAAACCAUUAGAUGCUUCAGAAUUUUCUGUAGAAUAUUUAAGAACCAAUUUUCUGCAGCUUUUAGUUUGGAAAAAUAUUUUAAAACAGAAUUUGUGAACUUCAUGAGUUACAUUUUAAUGUACCUUGAGCUCUAUAAACUAUAAGCUUAUGAUAGUGUGUGCUUUUUUCUUGGUAGACACUAUUACUAAACCCAGAUUGAGUUUCUUGUGCUUGUUACAGAACAGAAAACAAUAAUUAAUGAGGAGUUCUUUAUGACAUGUCAGUGCCAGCUUUCUCAGUAGAGGUAGGAAAAAUGUGAAGCAUAAUAUGAUAUAUAAUAUAUCCAUUAAUUAAAAAAGUCUAAAAUGUUUGUGUUGUGAAGAAGAAACUAGUAAAAAUGAUUAUUCCUAAUUGAAUGAAUUAGCUUUUGCCUUAUUCCAUGCAUGGAUAGAUAGCCUAUUUCUCCAUUAUUUCCUGAAAGUUGCUGGAACAUACUCUUGAGUUGAUGUUUGACAUUUUUGUAAUAGUAUUCAGGCUAGGCCUUGUAUAAUAAUUAAAGUGCCUCUUGAGGCAAAGUAAGGGCACGAUCCUUUAAGCAUUGAAAUCAAUGAAAAAACUUCCAUUGACUUCAGUGGGCAUGGGAUUAGAUCCUACAAUUGGACUGAAUCUAUAUUUUUCUUUAAAGGUUGAAGUUUUUUAUAUUGUGAGUAACCUAAGCAUAUGGUUUGAGUUGUUUGUUUCCUAAGGUUGUUGAUGUACAGUAUUGUUUCAUGAAAUAUUGUGUAUUUCUCAUAGUGCUUCUAAUUUAGGGUCAGUAUGGUUUAUUUGUGGCUGUAUUUGAUUGCUUAUGGUCUUAAAAUUCUCGCUUAUUUCAGAAAAUGUUGAAUAAAUGUUAUCAAGUGAAGAUUGCAGUUGUUUCUUUUGUUUUUCUUCAUUUGAAAAGGUUGCCUGUAAAUCUGAAAGGACGUGAAUGUAUCAUGCUAUAAAUAGUGCCUGAGAGGAUAUUUCAGCUGUUAAUAUCCGAAAGCUAAAAAAAAACACAGGGGCUUUAUUGAUGGGUUAUUUUGGCAGAGGUUAGCCUGGAAAAUGGCAGAAAUGAAGAAUUAUGUGAUGUUUCUGGUGAAGUAGUGUGUCUGUUUGAGCUUUCAGCGUAAGGUAAAGAAGAGGAGUGACAAGGCUUCUCUGGCUUAGGUUUAAGGAAUAGCAGAAGGAGAAAGUUCAUGUUCAAAUCUGUAUUUGGCUUAGUUUAGGAUGACCUAGAAUGAAAAGCUCUGUGUUUAGUUCUAAAACUAAUACCCAUUUUCAGAUGGGAAGUGUAGUAAACCUGGAAGUAAGACCUGUAGUAAAUGGUUUCAGUAAAACCACUCCAUAUCAUAGAGCACAGCUCAGAGGAGUCUCUUACUGUUGGGAAGGCUGGCUGGUUGUAUAUGUCAGCGGAUACUGACAGCAUGCUGUCUGAAUUAUAUAAACGCCAGAUGCAUUUCUGAAACCCAGAAUACUUUUCCCAACAAGCCAACAGACAUCUGUUACCUUGAGCUUUCUUGUUGGCAAAAGACAAGACUUACUAGUAGGAGACCUAAAGAAACUGGAUUUGAGCCUCCCUAGCACUCUUCAGGCACAGUUUGCUGGGUAAGGGUUGUGGAUUUGCAUCUGUUGGCUGUUAGGCUCGCUUUUUUCAUUCUUUUUCUUUAUUCCAAGUAUGCAAACUUUUGAUUAUGGUGACUUCCAAGUGACUUCCAUAGACACUUUAAGAAGCCCUGGCAAAAUGACACUGUCAGAAAGAAACUACACCCAAUGCCAUUUUUAAUAUCUUUUCUUGAACAGAGGUAAAUAUAUUUGAGUUAUGAUUGAUUUGCUAAUCAUAAAGAAAACAAAUACUCGUACUUCAGAGUUUUUGUCCCUUUCAGUGGUGAAAUUAAUAUUGAUUUAUCUUUGAAGAAAAACUACAAAUCUUUGCAAAAUAUGGAAAUAAGCAACUUGGUUGUUCUAAGGAACAUAUCUACUUAUGCACCAUAUUUUCCAAGAGAGAUGUUGCAAUGAGCAGUAGCCCUUCUGCAUAUAAAUCAUGCCUUUGUAGUGAUUCUUGGCUGUUCUGUAUUUCUCUCAAGUGACCAACCUGAAAGAUAAGUAAUUUGUAAGGAACUGUCAGCUUGAAGCCUCUAGCUUCUGUAAAUUAUCCUGUGUUUCCUGUGAAUUGUGCUUU